CAUGCUCGUCUCUAGGGGCGCGUGCGUGGGGGGGUUUGCCUCGCUCGCGUUGUGUGCAGAUCAUCGCAGCACAGUCAUGAACGCACACACACUAUAGCGCUGCUCCUGACCAUACUGCAGUUCACGGGAUAUACAUGAACGAGCUCUGCGCCAGUCUUUCAACAAGUUAAAAACGCCAACGAUGAACUGACCAAGACCUGCCACAAUCCCACGAUCACUGAGAGAUGUAUGGCCAAUUUGAUUGGCUGACUGUUGACCCCUUGUCAUGGCGAAGACAACAGACUCCUUAAAUCUGUCCUUCCUCCUAGAGCACGAAAGACAGAUGAUCCUGAGUGUCCUCCAGAAAGAAGAGAAGCUCCGUAAGCGUGAGGAGAAACGCAUCAGGAAGUUGAAAAAUGAACUUUUGGAUCUAAAGCGAGUCGGGCGGCGCAGUUCUGCAGAUCAGCGUGAGUGAGCCGUGUGUCUGCGUGCUCUGGGUCUCAUCCUGCAGAGGGGUAAUGUGUGCACCAACUGUCAUCGACGUGUCUGCAACUUCUGCACUGCUACGCCUCCGGACAGCAAACACUGCAAAUGCACCGUGUGUGCAAAGACUGCGGAGCUGAAGGUGGUUACAGGCGAAUGGUUUCUGGAAGAAAGAGCCAAAAGGUUUCAACAUGCUAGCAGUGAUGUAGUCAAACAGUCUAUCCUCUGCAGUCCUCCAGUAGAUGAAGCCUCUACCCACAGACAGCCCACUCCGUCGGAGUUGGAGAGAUCGGCCACGCCCAAAUCUGAGAGAUCGGCCACGCCCAAGUCACACAAAAGCGCAGGAAAGAUCAAAAACAGGAAGAGAGCGGUUGCAGUGGAAUCCUCAGGUUUGCCAACGAUUCCCAAUAACAUGCGAGCGCAAACGCCCAGAACACCUUCCCACAUAGAGGGAAGAAACAGGCCGGACGGGGCAGAGAGCAUGACUAGUAUACAAAGUAGCGACAGCGUUUCUGAAAAGAUGGCAGGUGGGCGGAGCACACCCUCCAUUGCCGUGUCCAGAGCCUCCCUCUCAUCAGAUCGCAGUCGCUCAGAAGUUGACCUCAGUAAUGCCGUGGAAGGGUUUAGUGAAGACCCGCUGGUGAAUCGUUGCCGUUCAGUACCAGGACUGAACGAUGGGGACUCGGAUGAGGACAUUGAUGCUUUGUUAUCAGCGCACUACAAAACCAACCGGAGCGUCAGCAGCGCGCAAUCAAUGUCUUCCACGCCUGCGUCGGAGAGAAAGUGGGGUUUCCUAAAUGUCCCUGACUCAGACGCUGACACUACCAGUAUCAACAGUAUGAUGAGUGUAUACAGUGAAACGGGGGACUUCGGAGACGUACGGGUUUCCGGGGAGAUCCUGCUUAACAUCUCCUACAGCUAUAAAACAGGGGCACUCAACGUGCUUGUCCGCGAGUGCCGCUGCCUAGCAACCGGGGAUGAGAGGAAACAGCGCACGGAUUCGUAUGUUAAAACGUAUCUCUUGCCAGACAAGUCCCGUCAAAGUAAGAGGAAAACCAGCAUCAAAAGCAACACCACUAACCCAGUGUUCAAUGAGAACCUGAGGUACGUGGUCAGUCACUCUCAGCUGGAGACGCGCACGCUGCAGGUGUCUGUGUGGCAUCACGAUCGCUUCGGACACAACAGCUUCCUGGGGGAGACAGAGGUGACCUUUGACUCCUGGGAGUUUGACAGUCAUUUAGAGGAAUGGUUCGCUCUGCAGCCCAGGAAUGAGUCUUAUGUAGACUCAGUGAUGCAGUAUAAAGGCGAACUGACGGUGGUUUUGAAGUACAUCCCUGCAGAGAGAAAUAUCUCACCGCCACUGGAUCAAGUGCAAGUGAAAAAGGGAUUUCUGAAAGGAAAGAAAAUGAUCACACUCCCUAAAGGUGGAAUGGUGGAGUUGCUGGUUAAGGAGGCCAAGAACUUGAUGGCCGUAAAAGGAGGUUCUUCUGAUCCGUUCGUCAAAGGAUACCUGCUGCCCGAUGACAAAAAAAGCACAAAGCACAAGACAUCCGUGGUGAAGCGCACGGUGAAUCCACGCUGGAAUCACACCUUCACGUAUUGCGGUCUGCAGCACAGUGAUCUGGACAGCGUAUGUCUGGAGCUCACCGUUUGGGACAGAGAACCGCUCGCCAGCAACGUCUUCCUGGGUGGGGUGCGGCUGGGGGCAGGAACAGGUCUGAGUUACGGGAAGGAAGUGGACUGGAACGAUGCUUACGGGGAGGAGCAGCGGCUAUGGCAACGCAUGAUUGAGAACCCAGAAGUCCCGCAGGAGUGCACACUGAUGCUGCGAUCAAGCAUGGCCAAAGGAAAGACUUAGAGAGUAAGGGACAAAAAUAAAGAAGAGGGUGUUUUCCUGGCAAUACACAUCAUGUCCGAUCAUCACUAGACAAUUUAAAGUGUUUGUAAUGGCAUUAGCCACAUUCUUAUUCCAUUAGUGUGCAUGUGCAUACUACAUUUUCAAAUGCAUACGCAAGUAUAUGUGCAUAGACCUCUAAGGCCAGUUUUAUGGUAUUAACAUUUGGGUGUUUUAGCGCUAUCCAUCUGUGAUUAGAUUGCUGAAAAGGGAUGUUAAUACCGGUAUGAAUGCACACACAUUAACAUGAGGACUGUUUAAAAAGAGCACAGUAAAAGUCAGCAAUCCAAGGUCACAUUAUUGUCCUGAAAGAACAAAGCACUAAGCACUUCUUCACACAAAUCAAAUUUGCACAAAUAGCAUCUGCACACAACCCAAGCACUUACAAAAAAAACCCUUAGAAGAAAAAACAAACUGGUUAAAAUCAAGAUUGUCGAGAAUUGUUCGAUUUCAAGAGUGUGGAUGACAUGUUAGCUUGAAUGCACUGAAUAUUGCUGUGGAUUAAAGGCACAGUUCACCCAAAAAUACAAAUUCUGUCAUCAUUUAUUCACCUUUGAGUUGUUCCAAACCUGUAUGACUUUCUUUGUUCUGAUGAACACAGAGAAAGAUAUUUGGAAAAAUUCUUGGCCACCAUUGACUACCAUAUAGUAGGAACAAUUACAAUGUUAGUCAAAAGUGCCCCAGAACUGUUUGCUUUUCUAAAUUCUUCCAAAUAUCUUCUUUUGUGUUCAACAGAACAAAGACAUUUAUAAUGCAAUUUUUCCGACUGUAGUCAAUGGUGGCCAAGAACUGUUUGGUUGCAAACAUUCUUCCUGUGUUCAUCAGAACAAACAAAAUUUAUACAGAUUUAGAACAACUUGAGGGUGGGUAAAUGAAGACAGAAUUUUCAUUUUUGUGUGAACUGUGCCUUUGAAACCCUGGCCAAAUGCAUAAAUGAAAAUCAGGUUUGGGGGAAAAACAUAUUUUGAUAGUUUACUUUGUAAUACCGUAUCAAUAUCUCACAACAGAAUUUAUUAUUUUUAGUUCAGUUUUCACAUGUAUUUUUGAUAAAUGUAGAGCACAUCUGUGAGAAGGCAAAACUGUACUGUAGCACACACUUAAUAAUUUAUCUUCACCCAAAAUCCAAGCUCAGAAUGAGCUAAAAAUAUAAUUGUGCAUGUCCAGUGCAGAUGAAAGUGAAUAAAACUACUCAUUAAACAAAAAUGCAAUAUUAUGGUAUUGUGACCUAGAUAUUAGUAUAUUUUAUAGCUGGUUACCAUAAUAGCAUAUAACUAAUAACAGUCAUUUCCUUGAGCCCAUGUAAACAGACAUGUACAAAUGUAAACAUCCUGAUGUUUGUUACCUCAGAUCUGUCCCGACUGUGUUGCAAGUUGAUUUGCCUGAAAAUGAUUCUUGGCUGUACAUUUUUUUGCUUUACUGAAAAAAAGAACUGAAGAUAAUAUAUCUUUUUGAGGACACUAUUUCAUCAUAUUUAAGUAGAUUUGCAUUUUUUCUAGAGAAUGAAGAUGGAAAAGUUGUAUUGAAGAUAGAGGGGUGCAAGAAAUUGAAACUAAACCAUGUAAUAAUCAAAUCACAAUACAGCAUGCACUUAUUAGACUAGGUAGAUGCACAAAGGUACAUUCGAUCAGACACAACAUUAUUGUUCUUUUUUCAAAAUAUGAAAAAACAAAAACAGAGAGGCUAAAAUUAUCUAACAAACAACGUUGUAAUUGAACCUAUAAUUUUAUUUAAAUGGUUGGAAGAAAUGCUUUAGGAUUAUGCACUAUAGAAUCACAACACCAAUAGUCCCAAUAUUGAGUUUUGUGGUGACCCAUCUAGUCACUGUGAAUUCUCCAUGAAUAAUGUGUACUUUUAUUGUUUCAACCCAUUAUUCUUGUUAGCAUUCAAAAUAGGAAUAGACCUUAUAUGAAAACCUAUAAUAAAGUAAUAGCUGGUGUUAUACCAGAUUUUGUGGCAUGUGUAAGGCUUUAUCAAUGUCAAAGUGUGACCGCCAUUGUUACAUGUACAGUAUAAACCAUGUCCAAAAUUGUUCAAAGCUGUUAGAUUUACAGCAUGUUUACUGUGCGUGUGCAGUUUCCACAUCAGGAAGACUUUAGAAGUCUCAAACAUGUACCGGUCUGUACUGUACUGUUCUUUAUCAUCUUCAGAAAGAUUAAGAAUAAACUAUUAUUAAGCAGCAGUUGUUCUUAUUUUAUUAUUCCAAAUAGAAUACAAAAAAAAUCUGUUUUAGUGUGUGUGUGUGUGUGUGUGUGGCUGCCAUAGUCCUGCUGACAAUGUGAUGACCUAGGACAUAUUUUGCAAUGGGUAAUUAAAAACCUCUUUCACUUCACAAUAUUUAAACAUAUGUGACCCUGGAUCACAAAACCAGUCUUAAGUAGCACGGGAACAUUUUUAGUAAAAGACAAAAAUACAUUGUAUGGGUCAAAAUUAUCGAUUUUUCUUUUAUGCCAAAAUUCAUUAGGAUAUUAAGUAAAGAUCAUGUUCCAUGAAGAUAUUUUGUAAAUUUCCUACCUUAAAUAUAUAAAAACGUUAUUUUUGUGAGUGGAUGGUCUGCCACAGUGCCCCUGAUUAACAACUUCAAAGGCAAUUUUCUCAAUAUUUUGAUUUUUUGCGCUCUCAGAUUCCAGAGUUUUAAACGGUUGUAUCUCAGCCAGAUAUUGUCAUAUUCUAACAACCCGUAUAUCUAUAGAAAGUUGAUUUAUUCAGCUUUCAGAUGAUGUAAAAAUCUUCGAAAAAUUUCGAAAAAUUGACCCAUAAGACUGGUUUUGUUGUCCAGGGUCACAUAUUUAUUUUACAAACCAAAGAACCAAGAUAAACAUGGCAUUUUAAGAAAUUCGACUCCCAUACUCUCAACCGUCAGUCAAUAAAAAGGCCUUUAUUACUUUAACAUAGCUUUGGUAGCAUUUCAUGAGAAAGGUAGACUGUCCAUUUUGACAAAUAGAGACACAUAAAACACAUAAAAUAAAGUAAGAGUUUCGUAAAAAA